AGGAGCGAGGCGGGAUAAAAGGCGGCGAAGCGGCCCCACCCCGCGGCAGACCAGCGGGCAAGCUCCGCGCGUCCCUUCCGUCCGGCCCGCGCCGGCGGCGGGAGGCGGGUGCGCGGCCCGCCCAAUGGAGGCUUUCCCCUGGGCGCCCCGCUCGCCCCGCCGCGGCCGCGCCCCCGCCCCCCAGUCCAUGGCGCUCGUGCCCAGCGCCCGCUACGUGAGCGCUCAGGGCCCGGCGCACCCGCAGCCCUUCAGCUCCUGGAACGACUACCUGGGACUCGCCACGCUCAUAACCAAGGCGGUGGACGGCGAGCCCGGCUUCGGGUGCGGCCGUGGCGGAGACGGCGGCGGCGGCUCCGGCUCCCCGCCCUCCUCCUCCUCUUCCUCAUCCUGCUGCUCUCCCCACGCGGCGACCGGGCCCUGGGCGCUGGGGGCGACCCUGGGGCCACCAGAUUACGAUGAGGAUGACGACGACGACGACAGCGACGAACCGGGGUCCCGGAGCCACUACCUGGGGGGCUCGCUGGAGCUGCGCGCGCUGGAGCUGUGCACGGGCCCCGCCGAGGCCGGGCUGCUGGAGGAGCGCUUUGCGGAGCUGAGUCCUUUCGCGGGUCACGCCACCGCUGUUCUGCUGGGCUGCGCGCCUGCCGCUGAGGUAACACCGCGCGAGGAGCGGGCCCCGGCGUGGGCAGCCGAGCCCCGGGUGCACGGGGCCUCCGGGGCGACGGCCGCCCGGCUACUCAAGCCCGACCUGCAGGUGUGCGUGUUCUGCCGGAACAACAAGGAGGCGGUGGCGCUCUACACCACCCACAUUCUGAAGGGCCCCGACGGGCGCGUGCUGUGCCCGGUGCUGCGCCGCUACACGUGCCCCCUGUGCGGCGCCAGCGGGGACAACGCGCACACCAUCAAGUACUGCCCGCUCUCCAAAGUGCCGCCGCCGCCGCCCGCCGCCCGUCCGCCGCCACGCAGCGCCAGGGACGGCCUGCCAGGCAAGAAGCUGCGCUAAGGCUUGGGCUCUGACUGCCGGCACCUGACGCCGCUAGGGUCGCCGGCUUGGUUUGCGCAGUUCUCUCUCCCUCGCUGUUGGGAAGCCGUGAAGCUCAGCAUUUGACUCAACUUGGGACAUCGUCUUGGUGGCUUUCCAAAAAGCCUACCGUAUGGAGUAUUUUCCUCUCGAGCGGUUGGGACUAGACGCUAAAAUCUCGAUUUGUCUCUAUAGUUUCUAGUUUGCCCACAUCCAGAACCGCGGAGACUGGGUGUGUUAUUGGUAUUCCAGUAACUGAGAUAUGGCAACGUAGAGGCGCUUAGUUUAUUUACUGUAUAAGUCGACCUAUUUUAGAUGCGCGUCAGUAUGAAAUUGUCUAACUUUGAAUGUUUCAUUUUACGAAUGGAGGCACUUUACUAGGUCUAGAAUAUUUUUUUAAAAGCCUCUGUACUGAGCUUAAAAUUGGCGAUUUUAUGGAAUGGUGGCAAAAUGGCUAUUUUAUUUGAAAUAAUACUUAGUUGUCCUUAACCACAGGUGAAGCAAGCCCCUACUAGCAUCACCUUAUGAGAAGUGAAGGUUUUGUAAACUUUCCAGUAUUAAUUUGGGCGGGUAUUCCUCCUUGUGGCUUGUUUACGUCCUAGUAAAAUGCACAAUCUGUAGCGGGUAGAAUACAACUCCUUAUCCUCUUAUGUAUCAGAUCUUUUAUUACUGAACUAGCAACUAGCUUUUUCCACCUUUAAAAAUUGUGCCGAGUCAAUCAUAUUGUGUAUAACUUGGAAAUGGUGCUGUUUAAAAAAAUGUGUAUUUGUACAGUAACAGUGUAUGAAUUAACCUCACCU